UCCGCGGCCAGUGCCGCGAGGUUGACAGAUGUAAACAAAUCCCGGCGGAGUGGAUUCAUUGAGUUCAGAAAAGUCAUUAGGUUUUUGCCAAGUCUCAACUAAACAGAGGAAAUCAAACUUACGAUCAACGAGGAGAUCCUGAACAAGAGACCCCUUGUUCGUAAGUGAGCAAAUGUUCAGUAGUCCGAAGUUGAAGGUGGUAGUCCCAUGGGUAGUAGAGGUGUUAGCCGAUCUAGUUAGGCUGGCAAGCACACUAUGGUCGACAGCCCGAUCAGCGUGGCGAGGAGGACGGCGAGAGUUGGACCAGAAAGACUUUAUUGCAGACGAGGGAUCCUGGUGGACCGUUCGUCGAGAUCCACGAUGAAUGUAUCUCCGACGUGGUUGGAAGAUGAUGUCCGGAUGGAGAUGCAGAGAAGCAGGAGAAGGCGUUGACAUGGAGGGACGCAGCCGGAGAAGUUCAACAGCAGAAUACUGGAGCAAUCCCAACGCAAACCGAUGUACAGGCAGUAGGAAAGCCCAGAUGAUCACAAACCAGGCAGUAGUCCACAUAUUUGUCGGCGUCAGGGUCUGUACCAAAGAUGGACCCUCCUAAAAGGCGCAGGAAGGAAUACAGCCAUCAAGGCACUGAAGUCAGUCAACCUGUAAAAUUUCCUCACAUUGUCUUGUUCUUGCUAGAACGAAAAAUGGGGGCCUCCCGAAAGUCCUUCCUUACCCAGCUUGCAAGAAGAAAGGGUUUUUGUGUGGAGAAUAAGUUCUGCAACACAGUGACGCAUGUUGUGUCAGAGAAUAAUACUGGAGAUGAAGUAUGGGAAUGGCUUGAAAAACAGGAUUCAGGGAAUGGAAAUGGGAAUCUCAGUACAUUAGCUCUGCUUGACAUGAGCUGGUUCGUAGAGAGCAUGAGUGCAAAUAAACCUGUAGACAUUCAAGAUAGACACAGACUGAAGGUGAAAGCAUCUUGUGCCUCAUUAAAUCCUGAUUAUACGGUGCCUGUCUAUGCCUGCCAAAGACGGACUCCUAUGCAACAUCCAAACAGAAUUUUUACGGACGCUUUAGAGAUUUUGUCUGAAAAUGCAGAAUUCUUUGAAAGUGAAGGGCGAAGCUUAGCAUUCUACAAAGCUAGCUCUGUCCUGAAAGCUCUUCCAGUCCGCCUGACCAGCACCGUUGACUUGUGUGAUCUGCCUUGUAUUGGAGAACAUUCUCAGAGAGUCAUUAAGGAGAUCCUUGAAGAUGGAGUUUCAAGUGAAGUUGAGGGAGUGCUGCAGUCUGAAAGAUAUCAGGCAAUGAAGGUAUUGACAAGUAUCUUUGGAGUAGGUGUGAAGACAGCUGAUCGUUGGUAUAGAGAAGGGAUUCGAAAUCUUGGAGAUUUAUUGUCUUCUGGGCAAAAAUUAACUAAAGAGCAGGAAGCAGGUGUAAAAUACUUCAAGGAUCUUAGCAGUCCUGUAACUGAAGAAGAGGCCAAUAGCAUCACUGAUAUUGUCAGAAAAGCAAUUGCAAGCAUCGACACAAGAGCAAAGAUGACUAUCACAGGAGGAUUCAGAAGAGGUAAACAGAGAGGACAUGACGUUGAUUUGCUCAUCACCCAUCCAGAAGAGGGCAAAGAGGCAGGACUUUUAGCUCAGAUCAUCAACAUACUGGACAGCCAGGGCUUACUACUGUACUACAAAACGAAGGAAAACACCUACACUGCACCCAGAGAACCUCCAGUUAAACCUCUGAGUACUUUGGACCGCUUUGAAAGAUGCUUUUCUAUAUUUAAACUGAACCUCCCACCAUUCAGUGGGAAUCAGGAACCUAUGAGCUUGAGCACACCGUUGGACAAGACAUGUAUAGCGACUGACUGGAAGGCAGUGCGUGUGGAUUUAGUGGUCUCUCCAUGCAGUCAGUAUGCCUAUGCUUUGUUGGGCUGGACUGGAUCUCAGCACUUUGAGAGAGAACUUCGUCGCUUUGCUGGCAAUGAAAAACAGAUGACUCUGAACAGCCAUGCCCUAUAUGAUAGAAAGCAGAAUGAAUUUCUUCCUGCAAGCACAGAAGAAGACAUUUUUGCACAUCUUGGAUUGGCAUUCAUCCCCCCUCACGAGAGAAAUGCUUGAGGAGGGGAAGAAAGUGGGCUAUCCGAGACCACCUAAUGAAGAGGGGCACUCACUUGUGUGCAUUGUGGCAUGUUUUAUAAAUAAGCAGCAGCUGCCAUCUGCCUGGCGCAGCUUAGGUGCCUGCUGUUUGUCACUAGUGCUAAUUCUCAUUUUCUGUUGAAGGUGUGAUACAGCAUGCCUUAUUUUUAAGGCCUAAAUAAAAUCAUUGCUUUUCUAUUA